AUGGAAAACGCCAAUGGACUUGUUCGUGAUGAUGAUGGAAUCUGGAGACACCAAGAGGGUCAUGUGUGCAAUGCGAGAGGCCAAAGGCUUGACGGAGAUGGCAACAUCAUUCCACCAGCACCUUUACCAGUGGAUGUUGUUGACCAGAAUCCACCACCUGCACCGCGUGGGAAUGCUGUGAUCGUUCCACAACAGAGAAACGUUCCAGAGGAUCGGAAUGUGAGGGAACCUGCACCUGUAGCUGAUCGUGGACGAACACUUGGAGAUUACAACAGGCCUGAGCAAUUCUAUGCAAAUCGUUCUGCGAUUCGCGCCCCUGCGUUUCAAAGAAACGAUUUUGAGCUGAAGCCUUUGGAGCCAGGAUCACUCACCACUUGGGAAGAGACCAGGAAUGCUUUCCUGCACAAAUUUUUCGAUGAUGCCAGGUCAGAGGAGUUGAGGACGAUAAUUUCGACUUUCUCUCAGGAACCAACUGAAGCAUUCAAAGCUUCUUGGGUGCGAUUCAAAUUGUACCAGCGAGACUGCCCCCAUCAUGGCUUCAGCGAUGUGCAGUUGCUGGGUAUUUUCUUUAGAGGUAUCGACUGGAGGUAUCAGAUGGCUCUUGAUGCAGCGAGCAAUGGAAACUUCAACACCAGAUACCCAGACAAAGCUGUUGAGCUCAUCGAAAACUUGGCAUCUAGCAAUAGUACCAAGAAUGCAGACUAUCAGCGAAGGAAGCAGGCUGGGAACAUGGAUGGAUCGCAAAUUGCUGAGGUGAAGGCUAAGCUUGACUCUGUGCAUAGUCUUCUUGUGGGUAAGAAAUCUGUCAGAUACCCUGCAGAAGUUCAGAAUUUCGGACCAGAUGAAGCUUUUGAGGAAGAGGAUGUUAACUUCAUCAAUGGAGCUGGAUUUCAGGGUCAAAGAUUUGAUUCUGGGCAAGGGAACACGAAUUACAAUGGAAAUAAUCAGAGGAGUACCUUCACAGAUAAUGAGGUGAAGUCUAUGCUGGAACAGAUCUUGGAAGGUCAGCAGAAGAUGACUGUGGAUUUCAAUGGGAAGAUUGAUGCUUUAUAUCUGGAUCUGAAUGGAAAAAUUGAAGUUCUGAACACUCAUGUCAAGAAGCUUGAUACUCAGGUUGCUCAGACUGCAGAGUCUGUAAAAAGGCAAGAAGGAUUCCUUCCUGGGAAGACUGAUACCAAUCCUAAGCAUUACUGCAGUGCCAUCUCGUUAAGGAGUGGUAAAAAGUUGACUCCUGUGCUUAAAAAGGGUGUUUCUAUGGAUGAAAUCGUGGAGUUUGACGAAUCUGAAGAAAAUAUCGAAACUGCAGAGCCAGUGUCGAGCGACACCACAACCAGUGUCGCGCGUCACCAAUUGCAGAGCAAAGCUGAUAUUGCUCAAAGUCCGAAAUCUGCUGAAGAAAGAGUCUACAAACCUAAGGUUCCUUACCCAAAGAGUCCUAGGAAGUCUAAGCAGGAGAUAGAUGAUGCCAGAUGCAAGGUUUUGAUGGAGAAACUUGUGAUUGAGAUUCCUUUGGUUGAUGCUGUGAAGAUUGCUCCUACUCUCAGACACUAUGUGAAGAAGAUGGUGACUAAUAAUCUGAGUCAUGAGGAAGGAGUGAUGAUGAUCUCUGAACAGGUCAGUGCUAUGAUUCAGAAUAAGAUUCCAGAGAAACUCUCAGACCCAGGAAGCUUUGUUUUGGACUGCUCUAUCUUCUCAGAGAGAUUCAAAAGAUCGCUGUGUAAUCUUGGUUCGAGUGUUAACCUCAUGCCAUACUUUGUAGCUGUUAACCUUGGAAUGACUGAUUUCAAGCCAACUAAGAUCUCUUUGAUCCUAGCAGAUCGAUCUAAAAGAAUUCCAAAAGGUGUCUUGGAGGAUGUUCUGAUUAAAGUUGGUGAUUGCAUAAUUCCUACAGAUUUCGUGGUUCUGGAAUAUGGAGAGGAACCCAAAGAUCCUUUUAUCCUGGGAAGAUCGUUUUUAGCUACAGCUGGAGCGGUGAUUGAUGUCAAGCAUGGUAACCUUGAUCUCCACUUGGGAGAUACCAUCAUGACUUUCAAGAUGGAGAGGCUGAAGGAUCCCAAUAUAGAUGGUCAGAAAUUCCAAGUGAGAGAUCAACCAGAGUUGACGAAAACGUCUACAGAACCAGUGACUGCUGUUGAUCAGGAAGCUCCAAACAUUGCACUCCAUCCAUCUCCACCAAAGCAAAGGUCAAGGUCACACAAACACAGAUCCCACCCUGGUGCUAUUUCUGCAUUCCUUGGACGACCUCAUGCGCACAUCGCUUACACACCACCAUGGAUGAGACGACUUUCACAGAGGCACUCUUUGCCACUGUCUGAUCCACCAGAUGCAUAG